AAUUCCUGAGGAAACGCCAUUUUCUUGGUCGCAUCGGAAAUGGAUAAAUGGCGAAUACCAGAACGACACCUGUACUUUAACGAUUCGCCUACUCCCCGGAAAUCGUCUCCCAUAAUUCCUUCAACCAAGGGAAUAUUAUCAUAUCACUCCAAUAAUAAAUUCCUACACCACAACUUUUCUCUCUCUGUAUAUGCUGAUCAUCGUCUCCGACGGCGGUGAUUCGGGAUGUCGGAGUCGGAGUCGGAUUCAGAGGUGUUCGACGCUGCGGCUGCGACGGAGUUGGUGAAGAAACUGAGACGUAGUUUUACUACAGGAACGACUCGGAGCUAUGAGUGGAGAGUGUCGCAGCUUGAGAGUCUCUUAAAGCUCAGCCUUGAGCAUGAGGAAGAUCUCUGCAAUGCUCUUCACUCUGACCUUUCGAAGCCUGUAUUGGAAUCCAUCGUUCAUGAGAUAGCUCUAUUAAAAGGUUCGUGUAAAUUGGCACUUAAAGAACUCAGGCGUUGGAUGGCUCCAGAAAAGGUUAAAUCUUCAAUUACCGUAUUUCCUUCGUCUGCUGCAAUUGUACCAGAACCUUUUGGUGUUGUCCUAAUCAUUUCAGCUUGGAAUUAUCCAUUCUUGUUAUCUCUCGAUCCUGUUGUUGGAGCAAUAGCAGCUGGUAAUGCUGUGGUUCUGAAGCCAUCAGAAAUUUCCCCAAGAACAUCAUCUCUGAUGGCAAAACUUUUAGAGAAAUAUUUGGAUACUUCUGCUGUAAAAGUUGUUGAGGGUGCUGUUCCCGAAACUAAUGCUUUGCUGGAGCAAAAGUGGGACAAAAUAUUUUACACAGGCAAUGGAAGAGUGGGGCGCAUAGUGAUGGCAGCUGCUGCCAAGCAUCUUACGCCAGUUGUAUUAGAGCUUGGAGGAAAAUCUCCCGUAGUAGUAGAUUCAGAUAUCAAUUUACAGGUUGCGAGUAGGCGGAUUAUAGCUGGCAAGUGGGGUUGUAACAAUGGACAAGCAUGCAUUGCUCCAGAUUAUAUCAUAACUACCAAAGAAUUUGCUCCAAAAUUGGUGGAGUGUAUGAGACAAGAACUGGAGAAUUUUUACGGAAAGAAUCCCUUGGAAACUAAAGAUUUAUCUCGCAUUGUGAAUGCUAACCACUUUGAUCGCUUGACAAGGCUCUUAGAUGAUGAUAAAAUUUCUGGCAAGAUUGUGCAUGGAGGCGAAAAGGACAAAUCCAAGCUGCAGAUAGCUCCCACCCUCUUAUUGGAUGUUCCUCGAGACUCACUAAUCAUGACGGAGGAGAUAUUUGGUCCCUUACUUCCUAUUCUCACGGUCGACAAAGUGGAGGACAGCUUUGACAUAGUGAACUCGGGCACAAAGCCACUUGCAGCAUAUUUAUUUACCAACAACAAGAAGCUCAAGGAACGAUUCGUGGCUUGUAUCUCUGCAGGGGGCGUGGCCAUUAAUGAGACCGCCCUACAUCUGACGAUUAGCACACUACCGUUCGGAGGAGUUGGGGAGAGCGGAAUGGGAGCUUACCAUGGGAAAUUCUCCUUUGAUGCAUUUAGCCAUAAGAAGGCUGUUCUUUAUCGAAGUUUCGCAGGGGAUGCACCGAUGAGAUACCCGCCAUACACGAAGGGAAAGCUGAGAAUUCUCAAGGCUCUUCUUGGAGGUGGCAUAUUGGGACUCAUUCGUGCUUUACUUGGUUGGUCAUAAGCAUUGCCACCUUAUCGCACUUUGUAACUUCUUCUUUAUUUAUGUGUUCUUUCCUUCAUGCUUCCCUUUCAACUUUCUUUUUCCUAUCUUUUGUAUUCAAAUUUGUGCCAUAUUUACUCAAUCAGUAGCACUUUGGUUGGAAUUGUAUAAUUAAUGAGAAAACUGAGAAGUAUAUUCAAUAAAAUCAUUCUUGUAGAAA